UCCCAACCCAGGCGUUAUGCCAAACCAAACGCGUCCUUCGUUUUAAACCCGACCUUGUUAAAAAGGCGAGGCCCUCUAAUUUGUUUAGGAGAAGGUUAGCAAUAAGGGUAGCAAUGGAGGGCGAAGGAGGGACCCGAUUAGGCGAAAGAGGGCAUAGUGAGACGGCAAUGGAUUCUUCCUCCGACGGUGGCGUGCCGGUGCUGUCGGCGUGGGCCGCUGCCGCUUCUCGGCGGUACCAGCACUUACUGGACAAGGCGACGCCGCACGUGUUCCGGCGGUGGCUGUGGUUCGGAGCGGUGGCCGUUGCCUACGCCAUCCGCGUCUGGUUCGUCCAGGGCUUCUAUAUCGUCUCAUACGCCCUUGGCAUCUACGUCCUCAACCUCUUCAUCGCCUUCCUCUCCCCCCAGGUUGACCCCGAGAUCCAGGAGCUCGUUGACGGCCCCGGCCCCUCCCUCCCCACCCGCUCCUCUGACGAGUUCCGCCCCUUCGUCCGUCGCCUUCCCGAGUUCAAGUUCUGGUAUUCCAUUACAAGAGCCUUCUGUAUUGCUUUCAUAUUGACAUUCUUCAGUGUGUUUGAUGUUCCUGUUUUUUGGCCUAUUCUACUCUUCUAUUGGGUGGUCCUAUUUACAGUGACAAUGAAGCGACAGAUACUUCACAUGAUAAAAUACAAAUAUGUUCCCUUCUCCUCUGGAAAACAGCGUUACAUUGGGAAGAGAGCAGUUUCUUCAGACGAUGAAAGCGCUCCCAGCAAUUGAACAACUUGAUGCAUUUUUAGCUUCGGGUGCUGAAUAUAAUGAAUUAAUCUAUCAACGCAUUCCCAGGGGUAAAAGAUAGUUUAUUUCUUCCUAUUGUAUUACCAGGUGUUACCUUUGGCAGACUACUAGAGGGAAUCCCGAUAUUAAAUUUAGGAAAAGAUUUGUAUUCCAUGGCAGAAGGGUAAGGCUUGGUGAAACAGGUGGUUUUCUGUCUCCUUGUUUUAAUUAUUCAGUUAAAAGAUUGGUUGCAUUCGUGCACGGGCGGUGCAUCUG